CUCUUUCAGAUACGUCAAGAAUAUGCCUAACAGAGGAAUGUGUUAAAACAGCCGCGUCCCUGCUGGCGGCGAUGGACCAGACUGCGGACCCCUGCACCGACUUCUUCCAGUACGCCUGCGGCAUGUGGAACAAGAAGCACGUCAUCCCCGAGGACCGCGCCUCCAUCAACACCUUCGAGGUCAUGGCCGACCAGCUCCAGAAGAUCCUCAGAGGGCUGCUGGAGACGCCGAUCCUGCCGGUGGAGGGACACGCCACCAGGAAAGCAAAACUCUUCUACUCUGCCUGCAUGAACACAAGCCAGAUCGAGAUGACGGGCGACGGGCCCCUGGCGGAGGUGCUGGAGUCGCUGGGUGGGUGGCCGGUGACGACGCCCAACUGGACCACGCCGCCCUUCUCCGUGGAGACGCUCAUCGGGCGGCUGCGGGGAGAACUGAACCAGGGCAUCCUCAUCGACCAGUGGGUGGGACCCGACGACAAGAACUCUUCCGUUAAUGUCAUCCAGCUGGACCAGAUGGUUCUGGGACUCUCCAGCCGGGACUACUUCCUCAGAACCAACUCCUCCCGUCCUGCUCUCGACGCCUACCUCAAGUUUAUGACAGACGUGGCCGAGCUGCUCGGGGCGGACCGGGAGGAGACCCAGCAGGAGCUUGACGACGUCAUGGCCCUCGAGACCCGCCUUGCUAACGCCACGAUGCCCGAGGCGGACCGUCACGACACUGGCAGCAACUACGUCAAGUUGAGUCUGGCGGAGCUCGAGCGACAGGUCCCCGAGUUCGUCUGGUCGGACUACCUGUCAGCCUUCCUCAAGGACAAGCUCACACCGGAGGAACCAAUCGUCGUAUAUUCCAUGCCUUACCUCAAGCGCUUGGCCAAGAUCAUGGUUGACACCGACAAGAGGGUCUUGUGGAACUAUGUGUUGUGGCGCCUGGUGCUGGACAUGACCCCGCACCUGAGCCGAGCCUACCGGGCCAGUAGGCACGAGUUCCAGAAGGUGCUCUUAGGGAUCCAGUCCGACAGGAACCGCUGGAACCUCUGCAUUGACUGGACCAACAAGCGGCUAGGCAUGGCGGUCGGUGCGCUCUUUAUCAAAGAAAACUUCAAUCCAGAGAGCAAGGAGACGGCGCUGGAGAUGAUCCACACACUGAGGUCGGCCUUUUCUGACCUGCUCGAAGAGAACGACUGGAUGGACGACGAGACCAGGGCGGUGGCUCGCGAGAAGGCCAACGCCAUGAAUGAAAAGAUAGGCUACCCUGAGAUGCUCACCAGACCCGACGAGCUGGCCAAGGAGUACCAGAAUCUGACUAUAGUGGAGAACCAGCAUCUUCAGAACGUCUUCAACUGGCUCAGGUACGACGCCUCCAAGAACCUGGGUCGCCUGAGGGAAGACGUGAACAAGGCCAAGUGGUCCACCGCGCCCGCCGUCCUCAACGCCUUCUACAACCCCAACUUUAAUGACAUAGUGUUCCCAGCGGGCAUCCUGCAGCCACUCUUCUACUCCCAGCACCUUCCCAAGUCUCUCAACUAUGGUGGCAUCGGUGUUGUCAUUGGUCACGAGAUGACCCACGGCUUCGAUGACAAGGGACGACAGUUUGACAAGGGCGGCAACCUGAAGCAGUGGUGGAACAACCGCACCGUACAGGCCUUCAGGGACCGAGCCCAGUGCAUCAUCGACCAGUACUCCGGGUACAAGGUGGAGCAGGUCAACCAGUUCAUCAACGGUCGCAUGACGCAGGGAGAGAACAUAGCUGACAAUGGUGGCAUCAAACAAGCAUACAGGGCGUACCGUCAGUGGGUUAUGAGGAACGGAGAGGAGAAGCUGCUGCCGGGGAUCCAACUGAAUCACGACCAGCUCUUCUUCCUCAACUAUGCCAGGAUAUGGUGCGGCACCAUGCGCCCCGAGGAUGCCCUUUCCAAGAUACGCUCCUCAGUGCACUCGCUAGGACCCAUCCGCGUUCUGGGCCCACUCUCCAAUUCAGAGGAUUUUGCGAGGUCAUACAACUGCCCAGUUGGAAGUAGGAUGAACCCGAUGAAGAAGUGUUCCGUGUGGUGAAGAGUCAUUAAUCAGAGAUGAAGCUUUCACAUCUCUUAGUUUCGUUUUAUAUAAGUAUUUUUUCACAGAGUAAAGAAGAUUUGAGGUUUGAGGCUCAUAAUGAGUGUUGUGGUGGAGUUGUUGAGGUCGCGUGAGCUCAGUGUAAUAUGCUGAUGAGCAAAAUAUAUUGUUCGGGUUGUCCUGCUUCUGGUCCGACGAGGGAUAUAGUGAUAGUGAGAGAAGUGACGGUGGGGGUGAUGGGGUAAAAGACAUGAGUGUUUGUGGGAUGAUGAUGUGGAGAAGUGAUGGCGGCUGUGGAGAUGAAAUGACUGUGCCAGCGUUGUUGGUCUAGGAGUUUGAAAGUUGUAAUUGGAAACUAUGAUGCAAAGGAAAUGGACAAUGGUAGGACAAAGAGAGGAGGAUAUAGCUUCGUCUAGUGUUGACCUUAUGUCCUGUCAACCUCUGGAAGUUUGCUGAGACUGCAGCAAGAGAUUACUGACAACCAGAAAGUAUAAUGUAAUCCUGAACAUAGUUCAGGAGUAAAGUAAACUGUGGGCGUAUACACAGAGAACCACAACACACAGCUCGGUGUAUAUAUAUCCCCUGUGAGGACAUAGGAAAGGCUGUGUAAGGUAUAUAAAGAUAGUUAUUGUGAGGCAAAUCAUACAUGAGAAUGAAAACUCAUAUUGGCUCUUGAUAGUCUGCAGAAUAUUGUAAACUGCUUUCCAAAACAUAAAUUGUAUGAUGUGUAAGAGAAAUAUUUGUAUUGCGUAUGACUGGCAGCUGAGAAGCUGUCAUGACAAGAUGGACAAGUGUUGUUACAAGGAAAGUUCUGUGAUUGAUUUUGAAAGCAAUGGAGUUGGUGGCACUGGAGACAAGGGAGGUUUGUGUAAAAAGUCAAAUAAAAUACAACUUUUCUUAAAUUUUCUCCAGUUAGUAUUUAGCACUCGAAAACAUGAAAGAAACAUAUUUCAGGGGCUAGGUUUUAAAGUUGUUAAACUAAGAGUACAGAAACUAUAACAAAGAUUUGUGUAUGCUCCUAUUUUGCUAAGUUUACAUCACCCUCAAUCUCGCAGCCAAAAUAUUUGCCAAAUUAUCCACUUUCAUGGCCAUACUUUAACAAAAAAUAACUUUUUAGAUCAAAUUUAAUAAAAUAGUGAUUAAAGUAGUGCAUAUUAUAUACUAUAACUAAAUUGGAGCAUAUGCAUGUGUUGUACAUACAUCUUAUGGAUACACAAAGAUACAUUUUCUAUUUUUAUGUAGUUUAUUCUUCCGUGUAAAGUUAAGUGUGUUGACGUCUUGAUGUCAUCUCAAGAGCUAAGUUUCCCUUCAGGUUUAUUUCUCUUGUUGUGAGUUGAAUAUUGUGACUUAGUAGUGUGUAAGUGUGUGUUGGGCCGGGCGGCUUGGGGUUCCACGCGUGUCCGGGCAACACUGGUCUUCAAAUGCUCAUUCCUCAUUUUGAAAUUGUCUUCUAAGCCUCACGAACAAAUAUUAAUAAACCUAACAAAUUCUGACAUUUAAUGCUAAUGUUAGCAGAGUGUGAAGGGCAGCAGUGGGCGUUGUGGCGAGUCGGGCACACGUGAGCACUGGGCCCGGAGACGUGAGGGCCCCGUCCCGCCUUCCCUCCUACAUUCAUAUUUAUUAUUUUCGUAAUGAACUAGAAUUUAGUAAAGAUGGAAAUUACUAAUUUGAAUGUUUUUUUUAAACAAAAGUGAAACAAUUAUAAAUUUAAAUAAAAUAAAUAUUCUAACUUUGUGAUGCAAAAGUAGUCUGCAAUCUUUAGCAGCAUUACUAAUGGGAUGGGGCCAUGGAGCACCGCUCUGCCUCCCCUGCAUCACCUGCUCUUAUAAUGUUCAAUUGUCUUAUCCAUAUACUUAUGAAGCGCUACCUCUAACAUCUCUCACAGCCAGCUCCCAGCCCCAAUAUACACCCCGGGCUGUGAAGUUGGCUUCCAAAAUGUUGUCAUAUACUCAACUUUCUUGGUGUAAACACGACUGAAAAUUUACAAAUAUGUUUAUAAAAUUGUUUUGUAGAUCAGCAGUGACCUUAAGAAUUUUGAUUGGAAACAUGCAUAAGAUGCGACACACAUCUGAUAAUAAUACAAUAACAGGAUGUUUAUUCCCUCAAACGAGCCGGGCGAGUCUGUGGCUGGGUGGCUGCGUUUAGAAUUUUGCUUUCAGGUGGAACUCCGGCUCUCGCCUGCCUGAUGCGGCUGAUGCCUUAAUGUUAUUUAUAUCCUCGUCCAUCCCUGACUUGAAUUUUCUCUUUACUCUAAGCUUCCUUAUUUACCCCACCAACUCCUUUCUAAUAUCCCUAUCCUUCCGUAAAACGAAAUUACCUUUAUCUCCGUGUAUUUUUCUUCUUAUAUUUUCAUGUCUUCGGUGUUGAUACUUUUUGACCCCUUCUGACAGCCCCAACUCAACUCUCACUGUGUACCAUUGAGUCGAAGUAGAACUCUCUGGACUAUCAGCUGACUGCUGCACAUACUACAUCUCUCAUGUUAUGUAACUUGAGUGAUCGUAGUUUGUACCGAGGCCGCAUGACACAACUUUCAGUUUUACACUUCAUGUGUUCAAGCCUGACCAUGUCUGACGUCUCGAUCAUCCCUUAAAGUUCUUCACCUUUAGUUUGAAAAGUUAGCAGUGAAACUGUUUUACUCGUCUGUUAGCCGCCAAACGUUUUAUCUAUGCGAGACUCGUGUUCGGUAGAGCAUCUCUACAAUGUUAACAGUAAAUUAAAAUUUAUUUUGCAUUAGUUUUUAAUAGAGGAAACUAUCAGGGAACCUUAACAUAUUUUUACUGCCUUGUAUUCUUUCGGUUUUCAUCCCAUAUUAUGGUCUUAAGGGGUACACGGUCAUCUUCAUCGAUGAUCUGAAAGCAGCGUUUGAAGACGGUGCGGUGAGAGGUGCACGAGUCCUGUAUAUGUGUGUGAGACUUGAAGGAGCAUGUCACGGCUUCACAACAAACUACGUACAUGUCUUAUUCUCUACCCAAUGCGGUACUUUCUUUCAUAUAUAGUUUCGAUAUAUAAGUUUUUCCAGAACGUCUGAAAACAUGCAGUAAUUAUCAGAGACGAGGCCUAACGACAACAUGAACCACCCAACAUUAUGUGCCAAGCGACUGGCAGUCAUAACUCUGCACUCAAACUACGAAGUCUACUAUGGACCUCGUUUUACACAAAUGUAAAAGUAGCUACUAAAGCUAAUUAUGCAUUUGAAGAAUCGGUUUUGAGCGAUAUACUGGUCUAGAAAAUUAAUAAUUUGGGAGCCGAGUUAAUUCAGUAAGUAAAUCAUAAAAUAAAGUAUUACUAUUUAACCCAAUUAACGGGCCUACUAAUGAGAGCAUUAGUUAAAAAGGUUGACCCCACGGUACGGGGUCAAUCCACACUGCCACAGUUUAAUUAUAGUAAAUUAUUCCCAACGAGUAUACUUGUUUUCUGUUGUCAUUGUCCUGUAUUAUAUUAGCCAGCUAGGUACGUAUUGGCUCGAUGGCCAGCCCUCUAAUACGUGCAUCACCUUAACAAAAGGCCAGCUUCUUGGGGCCUUCUCCUGAGUGUGACUUUGCGCUGCUGAGUCUUUGGUUGCACUUGAGUGACUUACUGGGCUCUCCUGGGCCUAGCUGGACAAUUAUGUCCCAUUUUAUUAUCCUAGCAAAACUUCUAGUCCAAGCUAAGGUUUCGUUGCUUAACUACCUUGGUUAAGGGUCUGAUUUUACUCUCACGCACCUGACUUAACACACUUCCAUUCUGUGUCUGGCUUGACUGACAUAUGCCUGGCUCUUCUGCCUUUGGCUCUAUUGUGUAUUAUGUCUCGUCUCUCUUGGGUUUAGCUUGACUCUUUGGUCUGGCUAAACCCUGCAGGAUGUGUUUUGACUUUCUAGCCGGCACUGAUAAGAGUCUUCUAGAGCUGGCUCAGUUCCGGUGACUUUGUCUUGGGUCUACCUUGACUCUUAACUCUUUUCUGGCUUUCCUGGAUUUGGUAUUUUACCGGAUCUCUCUCCUUCGCCUACGAUACCUCUCAUGCUGUCAUUACCACACCUUUCCCCUAAACAAGCAUUCUCACGCGAGUAUUAACUAACAAUUUGUAUCAUGAAUUCCACUUAGACAAUUGCUGUAAAGAUGUUCGCUCCUCUUAAAAACCCCUUCUGUUAAAUUGGACUAUUGUGCAUAAUAUGUAUGUCUUGAGUAGAUGCAUGUAUGCGUUAAUAGAUGCAUACAUACAUACACUGAUUCAUUCGGGUCAAUCACCCUUUGGUCUAGGGCUCGCCGAUUGGUCAAAAUGCAGCCAAGUAAGCCAAUCGGCGCCGUGUUUUUCUGAUGACACACAGUUAUUGACGUCAUUGAUCAGACGAUGAGCUAUCCAUCAUCCUAAUCAAAACCACAUAAUUAUCAAGUUGUCAUUCCAUAUAACUUCUAUUUAGUUUGCUUUUGUUUCCAACAAUCCACUUGGUGACUGGUUUCUGUUGUCGACAAACAGAAAAGCAGACUGUUAGGAUCUAGUUAUAUGUAACAUCAUAAAGAGAGAUAUUUUCAUUUUAUACUGAUUUGUAACAUGAAAAAUAAAACAAAGAUUUUUAUUGCACAAAUUAUUGCUUUGUAAAUAUCUGAUGCAAUUAUCGUCGCCAUUUUAGGACAUUUAUGAGAUUAAACGUCUGAUUAUUG